AUGGCCUCUAUUGAGUCCCUUCUCAACCCGGUUCCCCCAGUACCGGUCAGAAGGCGCCAGCAAGAACAACCGCAACAACGACCCAACACUCUCCCGCCCGAUACCAGUGGCAGACGACCGUCUCGCAUCCCCAAGGACGCCCCGGUAUUCAACCCCGGUGAAGCCAGAGGCGAGCUUCGGUAUCCGCCAUGUGAAGAGCGAGACGAGUUUCUCGCUAGCCAGCAUACUUUGUUUGACAUCCAUCCGCCUGUCGGCCAUAUCGCCGACUAUCCUCGACACAUUCCUUAUAGUAGUGAGAAGAAGGCUUUCUUGGAAAAGACCGGGAGGGAGAGCUUUGAAGUCUUCCAAUACACGUUCAAGAUACCCAACACGGAGAAGACUUGGACGGUCAUGUGGGAUUACAAUAUCGGUCUUGUUCGGACGACUCAUCUGUUCAAGUGCAAUGGGUACUCCAAGACAACUCCGGCCAAAAUGCUCAAUGCCAACCCCGGCCUUCGUGAGAUCUGCCAUAGUAUCACGGGCGGAGCUCUUGCAGCACAAGGUUACUGGAUGCCUUACGACGCCGCCCGAGCGGUCUCUGCUACCUUUUGCUGGAGCAUACGGUUCGCAUUGACACCGCUGUUUGGGAAGGAUUUCCCAGACAUCUGUAAACCUCCCGGAAGCCCCGAGUAUGGGAAAAUGAUUGUCAAACCGGAAAUCGUCCAGCAAUCGACCAGCACGGCAAACCUGUACCGGAACCAGGAACUGGAGUCGAAGACGAACUCUCAGCGGCAGCAUCAAGGACAGAGAGUGCUAAUGGAUGUAUCUCCAUCCAGGCGAGACGGUAUCAGCAAUGCCACAGCACACACGCUUUCAAAAGGAGAGGACCGUUCUCUUUCUACUACUACUACGUCCGAUAACUCAUGGACACCAGUCAACUCAUUGUCUCCCGAACGCACAAAACCAGUACGGCGUUCUGAGAAAAGGACAAACACGACCGGAAUGCUGCCACCGGUUGAAGAAAUGUUCCGUGCCCAUCAUAAAAAAGUGACCCGUUCCUCGCAAGCAAAUCCACUGAAAAGACGUCUGAACGAGAACAGUACCGAGAAUGCCGCAGUAGAAUCAUCAUCAUCUGCUGCUGCUGGAAAAUCUCGCAGGGAGGCACGCUCGGCCAGGAGGUCAUAUCCUUAUGACGAGUCUUCAGCCGAGGACGAACAGGAUUCGGACGACGACAUCAAUCUGAAUCUUACGACGGACGAUAACGAUUCCACCUCCUCGGAUUCCGAUGCAGACCUUGAUCUCAUCUCCGACUUGUCCAUGAUGACUUCAUCCGAGAGCGACGAUGGAGAGAAUGACGACCCUGAGCGUCGUAGUCGUCGUCGCCGUCACCAUGGCCAUUCAAAGCCGCAACAGAGGAAGAACAACAAGAAUCAACAUGAUGACAGUACCUUGUCCUCCACGACAUCUCUGCAACCACCGCAAUCAACACUACUCUCUAAACAACAACACCAUCCGCGCGACCGCGAAGCUGCUGAGACGCUGCUGACGCUUUCGUCCCGAUCUGGCUCGUCGAGCGUCGAGGAGCGGCCCGCGAACAACAGCACGAAACAGACGACGGAUGGAGCUGCUACUAAUAACACUGCUGCGUCCAAGGAACACGCUAUCAAACGACUGUGUCGAGUGAGUUUCUGA